AGGUUGGACUUCCAAGCAAGCACGAGUCGAACCAUCAUUUGGACAUUGUGCAGCGAUUCCCUAGUAUUCGGGGCAUAAAGAUCCACAUACCCAUGGAUCAUUCGGUUCUGCCAGUCGCGCAGCCUCUAAGGAGACUACCGUUUGCGACGUUGACCCGAGUUGAAGAAAAAUUGAAUGAGUUACUCAAUAAAGACAUCAUCGAAAAGGUUACAGGACCUAGCCGUUGGGUAUCGCCAAUGGUGGUUGUGGUCAAAGACAACGGAGACAUCCGUUUGUGUUUGGACAUGAGACAGUUGAAUAAAGCAGUAAUCCGCGAAACACAUCCAUUGCCCACAAUAGAAGACAUCCGGUGGAAACUUAACGGCGCGGUCUUCUUCACCCGCCUUGAUAUCAAGGAUGCGUUUCACCAGCUCGAGUUAGAUGAAGUGAGCAAACCGUUGACGACUUUCAUUACACACAAAGAUAAUCCCGGAGAUGAUGAUGGCAGCGAUACCGAGGAUUUCAGAGGGUUUCCAGAUGAGUCAGGGAACAAUGACGCAUCGCCGUCACCCUCGACUGCCGUCGUAGAUAUUGGGAAGCGUAAUAAGAGACAGCGGAAAAUCACUAUGCCUAAACGGUUUGACGAUUGUUUGAUGAAAUUCUAAACGUUGUUAUCUUAUAUUGAAGGGGAGAUGUGAUGAUGUAUCUGUAUCUUUAUGCACAUUAUCUGUGCCACUGUUAUACCUUACCUUGAUA